AUGUUCAUGAUCGUCCACGUCCCACUGUCGCUGUCGCUGGUCGCUGUCAGUGCCCUUUACAAACAACAGUGAGGCAGUGACAUUUUGUAGAUAAAUUUUCGCAAGGUUCUUUAGGGUGCACUCCUAGUUAAUUAAUAGUUUCUUUUUACAGUUGCCUCCCAAUUUACUUCUAAGCACAGAGAACUGGAAAUAGAGAAAAUAUAGUGUGAGAGAAAAAGGAGGUCUUCAACUGAGAGCAAGUUUACCCACCACAACGGAGAGCCCCAGGCAGACGGGGCCACAAGCUCGUGUUUCGGUGAAGGACAACGCUCCUUCCACCAAGCGACGCUGGGUCCCACCUUCUACACUGAGACAUCAAGAUGCUCUUACGCCAGAAUCACGUAAUGACCUGGUUUUCCGCAAAGUCCGCGGCAUUCUUAAUAAACUCACCCCAGAGAAAUUCAAGAAGCUGAGCGAUGAUUUAUUGCGUAUCGAACUACAGUCCAACGUUAUCUUGAAGGGUGUCAUUUUUCUCAUAUUCGAGAAGGCCCUCGACGAACCGAAAUACUCGUCUAUGUAUGCGCAGUUGUGCAAGCGACUGUCAGAAGAGGCACCUAAUUUCGAAUCCCCCGAUCAGCCCACUUCCUUUAGAGUUCUUUUACUUAAUAAGUGCAAGCUUGAAUUCGAAAACAGAGCCGCUGCCCUCGAAUACAAUGGAGCUUCUUGCAACAACUUUGCCGGCUCCGAGGAGGAGGACGAGAGACGGCAAAUCGCGAAACGCAAAAUGCUCGGCAACAUCAAAUUCAUCGGCGAAUUGGGAAAACUGGAAAUACUAUCGGAAAACAUUCUACACUUAUGCAUCAAGGAAUUGUUGGUUAGACGUGGCGACGACUUCUGCGAGGACCUGGAAUGCCUCUGUCAGAUUUUACGGACCUGCGGCCGCAUCUUGGACACCGACAAGGGUAAAAACCUCAUGAACCAAUACUUCGGAAGAAUGAGAAUGUUUGCAGAAAACCAAGAUUUACAACCAAGAAUCAGAUUCAUGUUGAGAGACGUGAUUGAUUUAAGAGAAAAUGGAUGGGUGCCGCGAAAGGCAAUCGUCGUUGAAGGUCCGAUGCCCAUCAACCAGAUCAAACCCGUGGACGACGAUCGUCCUGUAGCUUUCAGAAGAGACCGAAACCACGACCGAGACAAUGACAGAUCUAAUAUUUCGGACUUGUUCCGUCAUCCUAUGAAGACCAGAAGUGGUCUUGAUGAUAUGCUUAUGGGUAUAAGUUUGUCUCCUUCCGCUCCAUCCCUCAUACCCACUGUUCCACCAUUUGGGGCGCACAACGGAUUCAGCAGCCAAAGGGAUGGCAGUUACAGGGGGCACAACAACCAACGCAGUGGCGCGUACAAUUACAACAACCAGAGGGGGCAGUACAAGCACAAUCAGAAUAACUCCAACUCACAAUUUAACCAAUCGAACAAGGACCUAGCUCCCCGUUUCAAGAAGAGCAAUUUGAUAGUCGGCAAAGAGGAGAUGGCAGAUGUUGAAUUGAGACCAAACUCGAUGUUGAUAACGAAGGCUUCUUCGUUGAAAAGUAACAACAUGAUGAACAAUAACAAGACAAUGGAACCUAACUUUGCACCUUCUACAAUUAAACAACCCCCGUCGACAUUGCUCAAAGACCCUCUACCUAUUAAGCAGGUGCCAGCUGAGAAACCUAAACAAUCCAAAAAAGACAAAGGCCCAAACAAAGAGGAAGUUCUUAAGAAAUUUAAUACUUUAAUAGAAGAAUUUUGGAAAGGCGAAGUAGAUCUUAAGCAAGCGAUUAAUUCUUACAAAGAGCACAAAGUUCCCGAUAAGUUUGCCAAAGAGAUGGUACUGAGCGGUUUGUCUAAUGCUUUAGAGAAAUCUGAUGUCGAACAAGAAAAAUUGAUCAGAUUUUUGAGCAACCUCAAAGAAGACAACCUGAUCAGCGGCAAUACUGUCCAGGACGCGUUUAAGUCACUCUGUAAUGUAUUGGAAGAGAGAGAAAAUGAGAUUAACAAAGUAACAACCGCAGCUUCGGUUCUGUUUGCUACAGCGAUUUGCGAACAUCUCGUACCCCUUUCCGACGUUGCCAAUUUGACUGAGAACGGAGCACACCACCCACUGUUCCUGUUAGUAUUGCAGAAUAUACACAAGAAGAGGGGAAAAAGCGAAUUAUCGGAAAUGUUCGGAAAGAGUAAGAUCAACUUGAUGAGCCAACUGCCAGAUUGUGAUAAGACUAAAGAACGGUUGUCAGAAAUUCUAGAAGAAAGAGAUCUAACGUUCCUAUAUCCAUUGCUACGUAUACAAGCUGAUCUUGCUCGUCAACUUCAAGCCGAUCCCAAUCCACAAGCGUUUUACAAGUGGAUCAAAGAAAAUCUAGAACCUUCAAAUUUUAACGAUCCCGGAUUCAUAAACGCUCUUAUGACUGUUUUGUUGAAAUAUAUUACACAGGAAUCAUCUGCUUGUGGCGAUGAAAAAGCAAUUAUAGAAAAGGAAAAUGGCCUCUUGAAGCGAUACCAACCGAUAUUGCACGCUUUCCUGCGCGACAAAUCCAGUUUGCAGUUGGUGGCACUCUAUUCGCUCCAGAUGCAUUUCCAUUCGCUGGGAUUCCCGCGCGGUCAGCUCUUGAGGUGGUUCAAUGCGCUCUACGACAUGGAGAUUGUCGAUGAAGAAGCGUUCUUGAAUUGGAAGGAGGAUGUAACUGAUGCAUAUCCAGGCAAGGGCAACGCUCUGUUUCAGGUUAACCAGUGGUUGACAUGGUUACAGGAAGCAGAAUCAGAAGAGGAAGAAGGAGAUGAUUGAACUAGGAAUUAAAAAAAAAAAUAAAAAAAUAUAAGUGGCGUGAUUUUCACAUAAUAGUAGAAGUUUAAACCUAAGUUAAGUUAUUAAAAUAUUAAAAAAUACAGGAAACGUAAUGGAGGUCUAGUCUCCAUUCAUUACUUCGCUAUUUGUUAUCUCGACAAAAAAUUUCUCGUCUUGAUAGACUUUUUUCUAAUUUAAUAUAAAAGACAGUUUCGUUGUACCUUACCAGCGUUGGACUGAGGGCGUUGAGUGGUAGAUCUUUAUAGGAAGUGCAAAAGACAUUUUGUUCGCGUCUUAUAAGUGUAAACUGGAACGAAAGUAACAUGUUUUUCAUCGAAUACUUUUAGAUAAUAUCAACAUCCAUCAAAAAGUGUUCUCUGGCAUGUCCAUACAAUAAGAUCAGAUACGAAAACUGCCGAACAUUCAAUGCCCCUUAACAUCUGCGUGGCCACCUGCGUAAAUCGACACCGUCUUUAGUCCUACACUGGGAUUCACAUAGCCAGUAACACAAUUGUGACGCCGAAAUUUUUUGUGGGACCCUAGGUUGAUUUUUUUAGUUAAUAUCUUCUUGUGCGUGGACGAUUGAUUAUACUCCAGUCUGAAGAACUCUAGUGGAAUUUUUUUUUGUGAAAUUAUACUUAGAUAAACGUAAAGAUUAUUUUUUAUUCUUUGUAAAUGGUAUUUUAUUUUCAAUGAUCAUGAUUAAUAGAUCUGUAAGUGUAGUUUCAUCUUAGGGUUUCUUUUAACCAUACCUUUAUUUUGAUUAAUAAAUUUUUUUUACAUAAAACUAAUAUUUUGUUGAAUAUAAGACACAUUUUAAGAUAUGAUGUAGUACUCGACAAAUGAAGUAUUCGUUAUGGGGAUUUAUUAAAAGACUUAAAAUGUUUUAAAGUUAAAGCAUUCAUUUAUACUUUUCUGAAGCUGAAGUCUGUCGUUGACAAAUGAUUUGAUGUUCUCAGUUCCAUUAAAAUAUAGAUAAGGUGCAAGAAUUGCGCAAAAAUGAACACUAAUAAGACUGAAUAAAACCUUAUAGGAUAGCAGCAACUUUAUCCGCUCCAAAGAACUCGUCUACUCCUGCAAUUGCUUCUUAAUGACACGAAAAGCGCUGGCCAGCUACGAACUUCUGCAAUAAAGUCCCGAGUGUCAACAAGUGAACAUUUUUGUAGCACCCCUGUGACAGCUGCGCAUCGUUCAACACGGUUCCCAGUGUUGUUGUAAAACAUGUUAAGCAUUAACUCAUUAUACAAAUCCGGCUCGAAGGACCAUAUAGGUGUAUGUAACUUACGAUCCAUUUAUUGUGUAAACAAUUAUUGUGUUUUGUUUUCUAGUCUACCAAUCAAAAAAUACACUGAAUUAUGCAGUUUAUUACCGAUUACAUUUUUAGAAGUCGAGAGUAGUAUUCUCCAAUUAUGGUUUUAUCUUCUUUAAGAUGGUCAAUCUGCAAAAUUCUUUUCGCAUCACAAUACACUGAAGAGAUGACUGUUUAAUUCAAGGUUCGAAGUGCGACCAACAAGUUCCUUUGAUAUCGUAAGGACAUUGGCAAGAUGAUUUCCAGUGUAGUUGUUGUCUUUAGAUAUCCUUCGUGUUGAUCAUUUUCAACAGUGUCACGGCCACUUUUAAACUGGGUGCUCGUUUCUUGCAGAAGGAAAAUCAUGAAAGAAAUGAAUGAAAAUUCAUUUGUUUUAAAACCAGAUUUUUUUGGGCUCUACGUUUUCUUGUGAGAAUCAUUUGAAAGUGCUCAUACAUAGGUCAUAUAUUACUAAUAUGAACAUGUAAAAUUUGAUUUAAAAGACUGCCUUGUUUUGAAAUGUGCCCUAUACUUUUACACUACACAUUUUUUCGUAUAAAUUUUGGGAAAUUUAAUUUUUGGAAAAGUAACAUUUAUUUUUUAAUUUUGAGAUGUAUUAUAUUUGGUAUUUGAUAUUUAGUUUGUUAAUGAUUAAGGAUGAGACUGCACCUAUUUGCUCACCACCCAGAUGACUGUGUUAAGACAUAAACGAGCUUUUAUUCUGUAAUACUUUUAUAUACAAAAAUGUGUUCUAUUUUUUGUGUAACUCGUGUCCAAGUAAUGUAUUUUCUCAAGUAUUUUUUCGUUGUUUAAACAUUUUUUUUCAAUACCCUUAGGUAACUUAAUGUGUCACUAAGAAACAACUAUACUGUGAACGUUUUGUGUUUAAUAAACUACUCGAUGGUAUUUUUUGCUAUCGAUGUCAAUUUUA